AACCAAUGGUUUUUCAAUAAAAGCGAAUUUACUUUUUAAAAAAUACGUUACAUAAUUUUUUUUUAAUUUCUGCAUUUUGAAUAUAGCAUUUGUGGUAUUCAGACAUCUUACUGUGUUUACCAUGGAUCAUGUUAUUUACUCGAUAAAUAAUAAGGGUGACAAAUUUGAAAUUUCAAAAAUAAUUUUGGAUAAAAUCUCAUGUAAUGGGUCAAUUGCUGGUAAACAAAUACUUUCUGAUUUUACUAAGGACAAGACAGUCGUUGAAUUUCAUUUUCAACGACAUUCAACAUGCACAUUAAAUAUAUUGGACUACAUAAGAGGAGAUUUAUUACACAUUCCGACUGACGUCUGUCCAAAAAAGUUUAGACAGGAAAUGGAAUUUUGGGGAGUACCAGAAAAUGAAAUAGCGACUUGUUGCUUUACUAAAUAUCAAAGUUUUUUGGAUGAUGAAAAAACAUUAAGGGUUUUAGAACGAGAUGAACACGAGCGACAUGCGAGAAAGGAAAGGGUAUACGCUAUGAGUAAAGGCAAGGGAUGGAAGGCAAUGCAGGCGAAAAUAUGGCAAAUUAUGGAAUACCCAAGUACGUCAGUCAUGGCAAAGAUUUUCAUGGUGUUCAGCAAUUUAAUGGUAAUGCUAUCCUUAUUCAUCCUUGUGGCUAGUACAGAUCAAAUGUUUUAUGAAUCAUUAACAGACGAAGAAUGGGACGAAUAUUUAAAUGCGAAAGAAAAAGAAAAAUUCGGAUGGAAAGGAGCGGGUAGUUAUAAUGAAACAAUGGCCGAUAAAUUACCAGACCUUAAAAGUCGGAUGAUUUUUUUAGAAUAUUUAGAAUUGAUAACAAUUGUGUAUUUUACAAUUGAGAUAAUUUGUAAGAUGAUUUUCUUUCCCUUGCCUUGGAAGGAUUUCCUCAACUUUUUCAUUGUUGUGGAUGCUGUUUCACUUAUAGUGAUGUACGUUGACAAAAUAGCAAUCGAAAUCGACGAACGAGAGAAAUACGAGGAAAGUUUUGUAGAUGCAGUAAAAUCAUUGCAGAUCAUACGUGUAAUGAGGCUUUUUCGAUUAUUGAAGUAUGUCUCUAGUUUUCGCAUUUUAAUUUUUACGAUUCGUACAAGUUUAAAAGAUUUGCUUUUGAUGUUACUUUGUCUUUUAACGGCAGUUCUCAUAUUUUCCUCUUUGGCCUUUUUCACACGAGAUACUGCUUUUACAAGCAUCCCUCAGGCCUCCUGGUGGGCAAUUGUAACCUUGACAACUGUAGGGUACGGAGAUAUAGUUCCGAAAACUUUGCCGUCAAAGUUAGUUGCAUCCGCAUGCGCAGUAAUCGGUGUCUGUAUGCUAGCUAUACUUAUCCCAACACUUGUAAAUAAUUACAUGUUAUUUAACAGUCAACUUAAUGUGAUGCAACAAAAGACGAAAACGAAAAACGAAGCACUUCUGGAAAACAGUAUUCUACCUGUCGAUCACAAAACUUGAUUUUUAACAUGUACACCUCUCUCUCCAGCGAGAGGAGGAAUAUGACAAUUAUAAAAUAACUCAGUAUAUUUCUAUUUAUUUUAUCUGCAUGAUUUAUAUAUAGAGAGAACCCGUAUAAGUAGCUGUUCAACAGUUCUUUAUUUUCAUUUAGUUUGAUGUAACCUGCAUGGCGCACCAGAAAUGUUUCAGGUGUUUGUAUAGAUGUGGUUUUAUGAUGCUACAUAACGUUAGAAAUUUAAAUGUAUCAGUAUCGAAGGUGCUCGCAGUUACGACGAAAUUCUAAGAUUUAUUCUAUACAGUUGCUGCUACGUUUAUCAUAUAUAUAUAUAUAUAUAUACAUAACCACUCUAAAUAUCAGCACAACAAUGUUAAAUCUGCAAAUAUGCGGAAGCAAAUUUUUGUUCUUCCCUUGCCGGGAUUCGGACUCAUGCUAUUGGGAUAUCGAGACAACACCGCCUGCACUGUGUCCAGCGCUCUAGACAACACGGCCAUCUACUGAACUAAAAAUUCAGCUUUCGGUGGCCUAGUGUUACCUUUCCUCGUCAGUAGAGUCUAGAGAUGUAACACAGUACACGAUAUAUUAGGCAUGAAGUUGGAAUUUAUUGCAGAUUAGCUAAAUAUAUAUAUAUGAUUUCUAGAUGUAAUAAGUUUGCUUAAGUAAUUCAAAUUAGAGUUGUAAUAAGUUUCUGUAAGCAACCGAUCCUAUAUCUAUAAUGUCUUAUCUAUCACCAAUUGAAUUAAAAUUAGAAAUACUUUAAAUUCUUUAAGUUAAUUAAAACAAUUCUGGGAUUUCUUUACAUUAAAAACGCUUUUAAUUCGGACGAGCAGGGCGAGGGAAAUUUCAAACAAUCCAAAUGUAGCUCCUUCGUGAGUUAUCAGUGCAGUCACUCUUUGAAUAUUAAUUCUUUUAAAGUACAUUGACUUUAAAAGGAAAUAAAUCUGAAAAUGCAAGAAUACGCGUUCUCACUUGUUUUUACUAGCUCUAGUUGAUAAAGUCUUGACCUCACCAAUUGUCCUAGGUCAGAGAAGUGCAAAUGUAGGAUUUAUUUCAGGAUUUCAUUAGACUGAGGAAAAACCUUUUCAUUGCAACAAUUAUAAUAAGAGCUUUAAAUUUAUUUAUUUAGUCCUUCAUAUUACAACGAUAACAAAGUUCUUCAAUGAUUUCAAGAUUAAUUCGUUUAUUGAAAAAAAAAACAUUAACUUAUUGAUUGUUGGUUGCUUAACGUCAAAUGGCAAAUAGUUCAUGUAUGUUCAGGACGAGAUGAGGAUGAUAUAGUUUCGUCACAUUGUGUAGAAAUUUAAGGUUGCAUGUCUUAAUAACAUUGAUCAUAUAAAUUGCAUAAAGGGACAUAAAGUACCAGCAUUAACAACAAAAGAAAACGGUCUUGAUGGGGUUUACAGAUUAGAGAUUAAUGGGUCAAAAACAAGGACUAUAUUAAAUAGGUGAAACAAGAAUGUGUCCAUAGUACCCGGAUGCCCAACUCGCACUAUCAUUUUCUAUGUUCAGUGGACCGCGAAAUAAGGGUCAAAACUCUAAUUUGGUAUCACAAUUAGAAAGAUCAUAUCAUAUGGAAUAUGUGUACUAAGUUUCAGGUUGAUUGGACUUUAACUUCAUAAAAAACGACCUUGACCCUUGAAACUUUAACCUGAAGCGGACCAGACGGACGAACGGACGGACGAACGAAUAAACGGACGCACAGACUAUCGUAGGUGGGGCAUACAAAUAAAGAAUAGAGAAAAGACCAACCACUAUAAAGAAUGCAGUAUAAUAAGAUAUUAAAAUACAAUAUAAUAUUUGUUAAACAAAAUUAAAACUGACUACAGAAAUAAACGCUUUAUAUAAACAUAAGAUGAUGUGGUAUGAUUGCUAAUGAGACAACUCUCCACAAGAGAACAAAUGACACAGAAAUUAACAACUAUAGGUCACCGUACGGCCUUCAACAAUGAGCAAAGCCCAUUCCUCAUAGUCAGCUAUAAAAUGCCCCGGAAAUGACAAACGUAAAACAACUCAAACGAGAAAACUAAUGGCCUAACAUGAACAUAUGAUUAAUACAUUGUAGUAGGUCAUAGUUCAUAUUGAAGAUACGAACAUGGUGUUCUGCGGUAUGGGAUUUGCUCAUUGUGGAAGGCCGUAUAAUGACCUAUAGUUGCUAACUUCUAUGUCAUUUGGUCAGUUUAAAGUACCACUUGCAUACAAGACAUUUGAAGCAUAACUGUUAUAAAAGAACAAAAAUGAAAUAUUUUGACGUCAGAACGAUUGUUAUUCAAAGAUUGAUAAACAUGUUUUGUGCAUGAUUUUUCAUUUGAAAGGCUCCUUUCCAGACAUUGUGUAUUGGUAGUAUUUUAUCUUUUCUGUCUCCAUAUGAGUAAUUAACAGACAAACUCUUUA